GCGAAGUCAAGCGAAGAAGCCACUGGCAAAAUAAAGUCAAACGGCUGCUGAGCUGCGUUGUUGAAUUUGUUUUCCACAAAUCGUGGGCACUGCACAGUGUUUAAUUGUUACAAAUAAUUGUGAAGGAAAGACACAAAAAACUACAAGGAACAUCGAGAGGAACGUGCUGAGAGCGGCGAAGCCUAAUCCAUUAAAAAUGGCUGAAGAGUAUAUACCAGAUGUCAGCUUCAUGGACACAAUCGUGCCCGCCAUCCUGGGGCUGACCGCGGCUGCGGUGCUCUCGUCGGUGGCCUGCAUCUGCGCCCGCCAGAUGCGCCUCCGGAACAAGAAGCAGAGCCAGCACGACGCCUCGUUCCCCUUCCAGCCGACCCGGCGACCGACCGCCGUUCGGUCGCCCAGCGGCCAGCCGCCGCACUACUUGAAGAAGUCGCCCUCGCCCACCGGCGGCAAGCAGAUGGGCCUCCUGUCGCCGAUGCAGGACCAGUCCACCUCCCCGAUCGCCCAGCCGAACGUGAGGUACGGCGACGAGGACGAGGGUCCGCCUCAGCACCCGGAGCACCACAACGGCAAUGGCAAUGGCAAUGGCAACGGUAAUGGCAAUGGCAACGGUAAUGGCAACCAACUGACCGUGGUGGAUGGUGGCAACGGGCUGAAGCACUCGCUGCACGGCAGCCUCCACCACUCGCCGGUGGAGACAAUCGCCAAUGGGAGCGUGACCAUCACCCUGGACGACCAGGCGCUGACCAACGGCAGGGAGCUGUCCGUGAGCGACCAGUACGGCAAGCUGGGCACCAUCUAUUUUAAGCUGCGCUACCUGGCCGAACGGAACGCUCUGAUGGUCUCCAUAAUCCGCUGCCGGGGACUGCCUUGUAAGGGGGGGUCGGGCGGAACCGGGGACAUACCAACCGGCAUGAACGGACGCACUCAGGCGGCCACGGACCCGUACGUCAAGCUGCAGCUGCUGCCGGACAAGCAGCACAAAGUGAAGACCCGCGUGGUGCGCAACACCCGGAACCCGGUCUACGACGAGGACUUCACCUUCUAUGGCCUGAACAUGAACGACCUGCAGAACAUGUCGCUGCACUUCGUCAUCCUCAGCUUCGACCGGUAUUCGCGCGACGACGUCAUUGGCGAGGUGGUUUGCCCCCUGACCUCCAUCGAGAUCGGCGACAUUUCCAAAGAGGCCCUGUCCAUCAGCAAGGAGAUUCAGCCCCGCAGCCUGAAGAUUCGCGCCCAGGGCCGCGGCGAGCUGCUCAUCUCGCUCUGCUGGCAGCCAGCCGCCGGUCGUCUCACCGUGGUCCUGCUCAAGGCUCGCAACUUGCCGCGCAUGGACGUCACCGGUCUGGCCGAUCCCUACGUCAAGAUCUAUCUCCUCUACAAUGGCCAACGCAUCGCCAAGAAGAAGACGCACGUCAAGAAGCGCACUCUGAGUCCCGUCUUCAACGAGAGCUUCGCCUUCGACAUUCCCGCCGCCGAGGGCACUGGCGCCAGUCUUGAGGGCGUGUCUUUGGAGUUGAUGCUGCUCGACUGGGAUCGCGUGACCAAGAAUGAGGUCAUCGGUCGCUUGGAGCUGGGCGGACCGAACUCGAGCAGCACCGCCUUGAACCACUGGAACGAGGUGUGCAACUCGCCGCGUCGCCAGAUCGCCGAGUGGCACAAGCUGAAUGAGUAGGGGAGGAAUCCACUUGGGCGCUGGCGCCCCUUUUCGAGGAGGGAAGAAGCAGGAACGGCAUCUGAACGGAAGUCACGCGGCUCAUCAGCAUGAGUUCGCUGCUCCUUUGAACUUGUCUCACGUCUAGCAUUUAAUUUGAUAUGGUUUAAAGGGUUUUGAAAACUCAUAUUUGUCAAUUUUGUUUGUAUUUAUUCUGGUUUUUGAGAGAUAUGCUUACAUUUAGUUGCUUUCAUGAGGGGCAUUUUAAGCCAGAUGCAGAAAACCAAUAUGUACCGAACAACCACAACUUACUAAAUUAAAUGUAUUAGAAAAUGUUUAGGACCUUAAAAAAGCAUAGUGUAAGAUAAUUCAGAAACAUCUUGAAAAAAUCAUUUUGAAAACGCGAAGAGAAAACAGAGGAGGAAAAAAAAGGAAGAAAACUAUAAAUAAUGGACACCGAUUUUGUUGCUGUAUAGAAUUUUACUUCUUCGCUUUAUGUAACUUAUGUAUAUCUAUGUAUGAUUUUCAUAUCAAACAACUAGUGUCCCAUUUAAUGUGCCCACCACGAUGAAAACUGAAGUUUAUUUUCAAAAACGAUACAUUACUAUCCAUAUGCAUAUGUAUAAAAUAUUUAUGAUGAUACAUAACUCUUAAGCAUAAUGUCUGUGUACAAUUUAAUUUUCAUUGUUUAGAAAGUUUCUGUUUAAUUGUAAAGUAUUUAAAUAUACCAUGGAUUUAGAGAACAACAAACACCAAAGUCGCACACUCCGAAAUCUCUUGAGGUGUGUCCAGAUGAAAGCGAAAAUAUUGCUUACUGCUUAACACUUUAUACAUACUCUUAAAAAUAAAAAUAACUAAAACUACAAAUAAAACAAAACCAAAUUGAAUCUAGAGAGAACACGCAGCAGAAUGCUUAGCACCAAGAAGCUACAAAACCACACACAAAUCGAUCGAAAAAGUCAGAAAAACAUUGAUUCGGAGAGAAAUCCAAACACAAUACAAUAAUGUAAGCAGCAUAGUACAUGUAGAAAUCGAAUACCAAUAACAUACCCUAGAGUAUAACCACUCACGAAUAGCUCAAACCGAACGCAAUAAGCACUACUUAUAACUGGAAUGGAUAAUGGAACCCCAAAGAAAGCAUAGCUUAAAAAAGACACCGAGUCAUUAUCCACUUACUGAUACUGAGUGUACUGAAUACAAUUAUGAACUAUAGCAGAUCUCUUUAGACAUCAGCCCGCUUCUACGUAUAUUUUGUAAACUGAGUGUUAGAGAAUUAAAUUUCAUUGAAUAACUACGUACAUACCAUAAGGAUAUAUGCAAGCAUACAUAGCGAUUCAAAAGAAUGGCAAAUACAACUUCAAUUCGUGUCCAAUCAAAACUUCAAUUCGUCUAAUGGAAAAACAAUAAUUACCAAUACAUAUGCGAUGAGUUUUUGCAAAGGAAACCGAAUUAUAUGAGAUGUGUAUAAUUCUACAUUAUAUAUAAUAGUAAUUGUAAGCUACAUCAAAUGGUUAAUUUCAGUAAUA